AUGAGCCGGGGCGCGGGCGCGCUUCAGCGCCGGACAACGACCUACCUCAUCUCGCUGACCCUGGUCAAGCUCGAGUCGGUGCCUCCGCCGCCGCCUUCUCCGUCUGCGGCCGCAGCUGGUGCCCCGGGGACCAGAGGUACCGAGACCGGGGAUCCUGGUAGCCCCCGAGGCGCGGAGGAGCCGGGCAAGAAGCGGCACGAGCGUCUCUUCCACCGGCAGGAUGCGCUGUGGGUCAGCACGAGCAGCGCGGGCGCCGGGGGCGCCGAGCUCCCCGCCCUGUCCCCGGCUCCGGCCAGUCCGGCCCGCCCCGUCUCCCCGGCUCCCGGCCGCCGCCUCUCCCUCUGGGCCGCCCCUCCCGGGCCCUCACUCUCCGGGGGGUUGAGUCCCGACCCCAAGCCUGGGGGCGCCCCCACCUCCUCCCGGCGCCCCCUGCUCAGCAGCCCGAGCUGGGGGGGUCCGGAACCCGAAGGCCGGGCGGGCGGCGUCGUCCCCGGUUCUUCCUCCCCGCACCCCGGCACCGGCAGCCGGAGGCUCAAGGUGGCGCCUCCUCCGCCGGCUCCCAAGCCUUGCAAGACCGUGACCACCAGUGGCGCCAAAGCCGGCGGGAGCAAGGGCGCCGGUAGCCGCCUGUCAUGGCCCGAAAGCGAGGGCAAGCCCAGGGUCAAGGGGUCAAAGAGCAGCACCGGGACUGGAGCUUCUGCCGCUGCUGCUGCCGUCACCGCCGCCGCCGCCGCCGCCGCCGGGGGAGGGGAAGCGGCAGCCACGACCGCCGGUGGGGUCGGGGCUGGGCCCGGAGCCCGAGGGAAGUUGUCCCCUCGGAAAGGCAAGAGUAAGACCUUGGACAACAGUGACUUGCACCCGGGACCGCCUGCUGGCUCUCCUCCUCCGCUAACCGUCCCAGCAACCCUGGCUCCAGCCGCUGCUGUCACCGCCGCCUCCGCGCUGCCCACUGGGCCUGCACCUCCAAUCACUCUGGAGCCUCCAGCUCCGGGGCUGAAACGGGGCCGGGAGGGGGGCCGAGCAUCCACUCGAGAUCGCAAGAUGCUCAAGUUUAUCAGCGGCAUCUUUACCAAGAGCACAGGGGGGCCUCCUGGCUCCGGACCUCCUCCCGGACCCCCAGUCCUGUCUUCUGGCAGCGGGUCUAGGGAGCUGCUGGGUGCAGAGCUCCGCGCUUCCCCUAAGGCUGUGGUCAAUAGCCAGGAAUGGACUUUGAGCCGCUCCAUUCCUGAACUGCGCCUGGGUGUGCUGGGUGAUGCCAGGAGUGGGAAGUCAUCGCUCAUCCAUCGAUUCCUGACCGGUUCAUACCAGGUGCUGGAGAAGACAGAGAGUGAGCAGCACAAGAAAGAAAUGUUGGUGGAUGGACAGACUCAUCUGGUGUUGAUCCGAGAGGAAGCUGGGGCACCUGAUACCAAGUUCUCAGGCUGGGCAGAUGCUGUGAUCUUCGUCUUCAGCCUGGAGGAUGAGAACAGUUUCCAGGCCGUGAGCCGUCUUCAUGGGCAGCUGAGCUCCCUUCGGGGGGAGGGACGAGGAGGCCUGGCCCUGGCAUUGGUGGGGACACAAGACCGGAUCAGUGCUUCCUCCCCUCGGGUUGUGGGCGAUGCUCGUGCCAGGGCUCUGUGUGCCGACAUGAAGCGCUGCAGCUACUAUGAGACUUGUGCAACCUAUGGGCUCAAUGUGGACCGGGUCUUCCAAGAGGUGGCCCAGAAGGUGGUGACCUUGCGCAAACAGCAGCAGCUUCUGGCCGCCUGCAAGUCCCUGCCCAGCUCCCCAAGCCACUCAGCUGCUUCCACUCCUGUAGCUGGGCAGGCUAGUAACGGGGGCCACACUAGCGAUUACUCUUCUUCCCUCCCAUCCUCACCCAAUGUUGGUCACCGGGAGCUCCGAGCUGAGGCAGCUGCCGUGGCUGGAUUGAGCACCCCAGGGUCCCUGCACCGGGCAGCCAAGCGCAGGACCAGCCUUUUUGCGAAUCGUCGGGGCAGCGACUCUGAGAAGCGGAGCUUGGACAGUCGGGGAGAGACGACGGGGAGUGGGCGAGCCAUCCCCAUCAAACAGAGCUUCCUACUAAAGCGAAGUGGCAACUCCUUGAACAAAGAAUGGAAGAAGAAAUAUGUGACCCUGUCCAGUAAUGGCUUCCUACUCUACCAUCCCAGCAUUAAUGAUUACAUCCACAGUACCCAUGGCAAGGAGAUGGACUUGCUACGAACAACAGUCAAAGUCCCCGGCAAGCGGCCGCCACGGGCCAUCUCUGCUUUUGGCCCCUCAGCCAGCAUCAAUGGGCUGGUGAAGGACAUGAGCACUGUCCAGAUGGGGGAAGGCCCUGAAGCCACCACUCCUACCCCAAGCCCGAGCCCCAGCCCCAGUUCCCUGCAGCCACCACCAGACCAGACAUCUAAGCACCUGCUGAAGCCAGACCGGAAUUUGGCCCGAGCCCUCAGCACUGACUGUACCCCAUCUGGAGACCUGAGCCCCCUGAGUCGGGAACCCCCUCCUUCUCCCAUGGUGAAGAAGCAGAGGAGGAAAAAGUUGACAACACCAUCUAAAACUGAAGGCUCGGCUGGGCAGGCUGAAGCCAAGCGCAAAAUGUGGAAACUAAAAUCCUUUGGUAGUUUAAGAAAUAUUUAUAAAGCAGAGGAAAACUUCGAGUUCCUGAUCGUGUCCAGCACUGGUCAGACGUGGCACUUUGAGGCAGCCAGUUUUGAGGAGCGGGACGCCUGGGUUCAGGCCAUCGAAAGUCAGAUCCUAGCCAGUCUGCAAUGCUGUGAGAGCAGCAAGGUCAAGCUGCGCACAGAUAGCCAAAGCGAAGCCGUGGCCAUCCAGGCGAUCCGGAACGCCAAGGGGAACUCUAUCUGCGUGGACUGCGGGGCCCCCAACCCCACGUGGGCCAGCCUGAACUUGGGCGCACUUAUCUGCAUCGAGUGUUCUGGCAUUCACCGGAACCUGGGCACACACCUGUCCCGCGUUCGCUCGCUCGACUUGGACGACUGGCCGCGGGAGCUGACCCUGGUGCUGACAGCCAUUGGCAACGACAUGGCCAAUCGCGUGUGGGAGAGUGACACGCGGGGCCGUGCCAAGCCCACGCGGGACUCUUCGCGGGAGGAGCGUGAGUCAUGGAUUCGCGCCAAGUACGAGCAGCUGCUGUUCCUGGCGCCGCUGGGCACUUCCGAGGAGCCGCUGGGCUGCCAGCUGUGGGCCGCGGUGCAGGCCCAGGACGUGGCCGCCGUUCUCCUGCUUCUGGCCCAUGCGCGACACGGGCCGCUCGACACCAGCCCAGAGGACCCGCAGCUUCGCUCCCCACUUCACCUGGCGGCCGAGCUCGCCCACGUCGUCAUCACGCAACUGCUGCUAUGGUACGGCGCCGACGUGUCCGCCCGCGACGCGCAGGGCCGUACGGCGCUGUUCUACGCCCGCCAGGCUGGCAGCCAGUUGUGCGCCGACAUCCUUCUCCAGCACGGCUGCCCGGCUGAGGGCGGCAGCACAGCCACCACCCCCAGCGCGGCCACCACCCCCAGCAUUACCGCCUCGCCCAGCCCCCGUCGCCGGAGCAGCGCCGCCAGCGUGGGCCGAGCCGACGCCCCUGUCGCGCUGGUAUAGUUGCGCCGCCGGAGAGACACCCCCUACCCCACCACGGGCUGGGCACGACCACACUGGGUGGACCGCUGGACAGAUGCACCCACUUACCUCUCCAAUCCGCACCCCGUCCCAUGGGAGCACUUCUUACCCCCCCCCCCACAGGAGGGCACAGCCCCCACGCCUCCCAGAAGACACAAACUCACCUCCCUC